CUCCAGCCGACAUGCGAGUCGUUCAGCUCUUCAUACUGCUCCUUGCUCUUGCUGUCUUCGCUCUCGUCACUGUAUCCAUGGAUGCGCAUAUCCACAAAGAUAUAGACGGGCCAGGAGAAUCAAGCUUCGGAGAGCCUCCAAGAAGCCUCGAGGAAGAACUGAAGUCCCUACUUGACGAGGAAGCCGAAGUCAAAGCAUUUUGGGAAGAUGCUGUAGAAAGGGUUCGUCUGACGACGACAUUAUACAAAAAUGCUUCUCCCGUUGAGAACAAGUACACGAUAAAGCACGAAGAGGAUGUUCGAAAGAGAUAUGAGAAGGAGAUGAAAAGGCUCGCGAUCAGGAUCGCUGAAAUAGGAGAAGACAUCGAGAAAAAGCAAAAGCAGCACGAGAAUGUACUCGAUGACCUCGAGAAAGGAUUUACUGACAAACUAAACAUCAAGGAUAUUCGGCAAAGGAAACCUGAAAGAGCACUUGAUAACAUCGAGGAGAGAUUCGAAAGAAUCAAUCUAAAGAUCGAAGAUCAAGGCAAAGCUGGCAUAAGCCGUAAAAGGAAGAGAAAAGAUCACUAA